GAAAGUCGAGUGAAAACAUGGCUUAAGAAGUGUUGAUUGAAAGGUACGGUUGGAGUGGAAGUGGUGUCGAUGUCUCGCAACGUGUGUUGUGUGGAGUCGUGUCAUAACACGAAACACGAAAACCCGAGACUUUCUUUCCAUAACUUUCCCACAAAAGAGCCCCAAAGACUUAAAAAAUGGGUUGAAUUUUGCGAAAACGAAACGUUAAUGAAAUUGUAUGAGAAAAAUGAUCCAAAACUUGAACAUAAGUCCAUUUGUUCCCAACAUUUCGACGACAAUACCUAUAAUAAUCCGGUGAAAAAGAUCCGUCUUAUGUGUAAUGCAUUGCCGACUAUUAAAUGCAAUCUUAAGAAAGACACCAAUUCUUCAGAUCAAACACAAAGUCAACCGCCAGUACAGGUAAUUCCAGCGCAACUUCUUUUGCGGACAAAUUUGUCGAGAAGUUGGCGAUCGAGUAAUCAGAAUGCGAACCAAAAUUACGCACAAAACGACAGUUUAACGGAUGAAACGAAACAAAAAACAAAAUCCAAUCCAAUUAUAAAACAAUAUUCUGAUAAACACUUGCGAUACGAGAAUGAGAUCAGGAAUCUUAGGGACAAACUUAAGAAAAGCAAAAAACAAGUCAUGAAUUUGCGCUAUCGCCUUAAGAGGACGGAAGCGAUUGGAAACACCAAAAAAUGCAAAUUAAAUUAUAUUAUAAAAUGCAUUAAAACUCUUAGUGAGGAAGCAUUGAAUUCAGUGAUGUCUGAGAUUAUUGAAUAUCAUUUAACGACUGCUUUUCUAAAUAAGACUCGCGUCCAGAAGUGGAGCAAUAAAAUGAAGAAGUUUUGCGCCGAUCUCUACCACAAGAGUCCGACGGCUUAUUGUUUUCUUCAGAAGACACUAACGCUUCCAACGAAGAAAACUGUUCUUAAGUUUACUGAAGAUCGCAUCCAAAGCGCGAAAAACGAGACUUUCAAACAACUAGUAAACGAUUCCAAUACUGAUAAUAUGGACAGUGAUGUCAAUCAAAUGAUUGUUAAGUUUACUGAACAA